CAGCAACAACAACAGCAGAAGCAGCAGCAAAAGCAACAGCAGCACCAGCAACCUUGCCCGCAUCCAAUCACAAAGCCAACUGCGGAUCGAGGAGUAGGAGGACGUGGAGGUGGUGGCUUUAAUAGAGAAUCAGCUGCUGAUGGAAACCAAAUCAAUGGACUCACUUAUCAUCAGCCCAGCAACUCAGCAUCAACCCCAAGCAUUUUGGAAGCAAUAGUCUAUAUGACAGCCGAUCCGAUCUCUUUAUGCUUUUGGAUAUGUCUACAGCCUGAGCGAUAUGUACCGGGCUCACCCAUCUUUCGCGAGAGCAGUGCAGCGCCAAAUGCCACGCCUACAACAACGCCUAUAACAGCUGCGCCCUCAGCAGCUGGAGUAGGAGCAGGAGCAGGAGAUCCAACAACUACAACGGGCUCCUCACCAACCUCCCGGAGUCGUGGUCAAGCCAUGACCGUAUCCCUUUCACAUGCAGCACAGGGCAAUAGCACCACUAGCCACCACCAACACAGCAGCAACAAUAACAACAACAACAAGCCUAAGCCGCUACCCACCUGCUAUAUGAGCACAAGAUCUGCGGCGAUGAUGGCACUUGCGCUGGGCCAACACUCCAGCGAGAAGACAUCUCCAACACAAGCAGCAAGCUGCGUCAAGCAAUCCACGUCCACGCCCAGUUCCAAUGCCUCGCCACGCACAAACAAUAGAUCUGUGUCCACAACGCGACCUGCAAACCGCUCCACGCCCAACACAACAACUGCACCCGCAUCUACUGCGAAUACUUCCAAUACACAAAAAACAACAGCAACUACUACGUCCACGUCUACGUCCAGAUCCACAUCGAAGCCAGCAACGCCAACAGCGGUGCGUGCUGCGGCUCAAUUAAACGGCAUGGGCAUCCUCUCAGGCGGCAGCAACUCCAGCGGCUCGGAUAACGAUGGCUUCAGCACCUCCGGCUCAUCAACUGCAACGGCUCUGCGUCGACUGUACUUUAAGAGUGGACGCAGCAUCAAGAACAAGAUCAAUUCAUCAACCUCAGUCAGCACGCCGCUCAACAGCUUACCCAUGAAUGCCGUUUCCAGUGCCUACCACAACUCUGUGAGUGGUGCAACACCUAUGCAUCCCAUGGGCGCGGGUGGAGUGCCCAAGCUGGUUAUAAUGGGUACUUCGUCUGCAUCGAUACCGGAUACGACCAUCAACACAUCCACAGACUCGGCCUGCACCCUCAUAACCAAUGUGACGCACACGGAUACCUCAGAGACGUGCGACUCCCUUGAUUUAGGCGACAAUUCUGGGCCCAGCGAGCCGCUUUUCAGUUCGCUGGAGGAGCCAUUGCUCACGGCCAUACAAAUCGAUUCGGAGCAUGAGGCAGGGGGUACUGAAUUGGAACUAACGAGCUGCUCACGUUAUUCAACGCGACCCGACAUGAAUCUGCAGGACAGCACCGAGCAGAGCCAGGAAUCCUGUCUGUCCAUACUGACCGGAGAGCCAUCAUCCACAACGCCACUGUUGCUAUCGUCGUCACGUCAGCCCAGCACGGCACCACCGCCAACACGUGCACGUGAGCACUUCACAUUCGAUCCGCCGCAAUCACCCAAGUCGGCACGCACCAGCGAGAAAGUGCGCAGUCAUUUCACCUUCAAGGAGGAUGCACAGCAGAGACACCAGCAGCAGCAACAGAAGCAACAGCAGCAACAGCAGCAGGGGCGCCGGGCGAGCAGCUCAGCGCAUUAUGCGGGCACUGCAGCUGGCAGCGACGAUGAGGCGUCGCAGGAGGAGCGCAUUGCGAUUGUUAAUCGCAACAAGAAAUUACGCGCCAAGGAGCGAUGCGAUGCGAUGAAUACCAAUGGCACCACAACAACACGUAAUCGCAUCUCGCCGAGCGUUUCACCCUCGUCCAGCAGCCGCACGAGUCCCAAACGUGAGCGGAAACGAACCACGCCCUCCGCCUCGACGGGCGCCAUUGCCAAAAUCAACUCGGCACCGCCCACAAUGAAAGAUGGUAAUUUCUUUGGCAGCUGCCAGAACCAGAACCAAAAUCAGCAGAAGCAGCGCCAAACCCAACAACAGUUGUCACCCUCGUCCACGUUGUGUGCCCAGCAGCAGCGAAAGUAUUCGUCCAGCUCAUCCAGUGGCAGCAGCGAGCGCUGUUUGCGUGAGGCAAACAACGCUGCUGGCACAAUGUUUCCAUUUGAUCGCGAGGCAUUGGAUUAUGAACGGAUUCAGCGGGAAUGCUUUGCACCCAGCUCGGCGACGGCAAGCACCAGCAGCGAUUCGGAUGAGGUGGACAAUUGUUCCGUCUAUGAGCGCAGGAUGAGUACCGAUAUCUUUCAGCAAUACUCGCGCCUUACCCAGAAGGAGCAACAGCAACAACAACAGCAACAGCAGCUCAAUCAUGAUCGGGAUCAUCCACCGUCCCGCAAGAAUUCGAAGCGCAUUCGACCCGAUUCCGUUAUACACACAACAAUACGAGAGAAUCAGCAAUAUGUGCCACAAUCCGAUGCCUUCUAUCCGCAGGCCAAGUCAUCGUCCUCGCCCAGCGACCACUCCUACGCCGAGCUCAAUAAGUUCGAGGAUAUUGCCAACAAAUUUGAGCAGAUACCACCCAAACAUGGCUCGAACUCCACACUGAAUCUGCACAUGCUGCAUAUGCAUAGUCCGGGCAGCGAAUCGCAACAAUCCGCUGCACUCAGUCCCACAGACAGCACACGCAAACGCUCCUUCAAAAGCAAAUCCAAGUCAAAGGUGCAACAGGCGCAACAACUGGAGGAUUCAUUGCCGGGUGGUGGGGGUUCAAUUAAUGUGACAGCUAAUCCCUUGGAGGCAGCGGCCGUCUGCAAGCAGCCGCGUGCCACAAUCGUUGUCCAACAACCCUCACUCAGCAUGGACAACACCGUGGAAACACUGCUCAUCAAGAAUGAAGGGGAUUUCAUCAGUGUGGAGCAAGGCAAGGAGCUAAAUGCACGCAAGCGUCACUCACAGCAGCUGGCACAUCCGCCGCAUGUUGCCCAACUGCAUCAUCAUCAUCAUCAUCACCAGGUGCAGGGACACGCUUAUUCCCAACAGCAACAACAGCAGCAACAGCAACAACAACAGCAACACAAACGCGAUGAGAACAUGCGCCAGUUGUUGGAUGUAACCAAUACGCUAACAAUUGAGGAGCUGCGCGACUUUGAAAUGCGCUAUGGCUCACCGCAUCACAGUCGCUCGCAGUCAGUGAAAAUGCCCGGCAGUCGUGCCUCGGGCCGCCCAAAUCAACUGUGUCUGCCCCAGCAAAGAUCUCGUGUGGCAUCAAUGCCAAAUACUGGCGUUGAGGAGGAAUAUUACAGACUACGCCACUUUUCUAUUACCGGCAAAGGCGUUGUGAAUCGCGGUGAUUCACUGAAGAGUCGACGCAGUCGCUCCAACAACAGCGUUGCCAGCUCCAAUUCAAGCACAGAACACUUGACUGCCCAGCAACAGCAGCAGCAGCAGCAGCAGCAACAACAGCAGCAGCACCCACAGCAGGGACAACAACAACAGUUGCCCGCACCCAGCUCGACUUCGGCACGCACCUCACUGGCCUCCAGUCGUGAGAGUAGCACCUCCAAUCCAGGCAAUGGACCGUACAGAGUUCUGAUGCUAGGCGGUCCCGCUGUCGGUAAAAGUUCGCUGGUCUCACAGUUCAUGACCUCGGAGUAUUUGCAUGCAUACGACACAAGCAUUGAUGAUGAAUCUGGCGAAAAGGCCGUAUCAGUAUUGCUCAGCGGCGAGGAAUCCGAGCUAAUAUUCAUAGAUCAUGGAUACACCGAUAUGACUCCAGAUGAAUGCUUGACCAACUAUGAUCCGCAUGGAUAUUGCGUCAUCUACUCCGCGGCGGACCGCAGUAGUUUUAGCAUUGCCGAACAGGUGCUUCAGGUGCUGUGGACCAAUCAGAAUAUCGCACAGAAAGCGGUUAUACUAGUGUCGAACAAAGCGGACCUUGCCAGGAGUCGACUUGUCACAUCCGAAGAGGGCAAAGCUAUGGCCACAGCAUAUGAUUGCAAAUUCAUUGAGACAUCGGUGGGCAUUAAUCACAAUGUGGAUGAGCUGCUGGUGGGUCUACUAUCACAGAUACGCCUCAAGCUCGAGAAUCCAGAGAAAUCCAGGGAUCUGUUUCGCAAGCGUUCCAUUCGCAAGUCCAAGCGUCGUGCCUGCUCCCCGUUGAAUGCCGGCUGCUUAAAUGCUAACACGCCGCUGGGUCCACUGGGAGAUGUUGCUGGAACGCCGCCUGGCAGUGCACAGAGCAGUCCACGUAAAUACCGGGGAUCGCGCACCUCCACCAGCCUCAAGGUUAAGGGACUGCUGGGACGCGUCUGGACACGCGACUCCAAGUCCAAGAGCUGCGAGAAUCUGCACGUACUUUAAGAGCCUCCUAAAGCACAUCCAACACACACACACACACACACAACGACUGAGCAUGGGCAGCAAAUGGUAGGGGGAGGGGGG